GGCCGUUAUCAUUGCUACCACGUUCCAUCAUGGAAAAACAUCCUAUAGCUGACCUGGAUCUCACGUUGGUGUUGUCGGAGGCAAUAGAGUCUGAGGUUGGGCAAAUUCCACUUACCGAAUUCCCGAACUUGACUGCAAUGAAGAUGUGGACAUACUUGCGUCUUGCUGCGAUUGAUUUCAAGGUGAUCUUGGACCCUAAUCAAGGUCCAAUGGUGCAAUCACGUGAUUUCAUUGCACACAGUCUUGAAGACCUAUUGAAUUUCUUACCAUGUAAAAUACAGGAGGAUUCAAAUGCAAUUUUGGUACCUAUUCCUUUGAGAGAAGCAAUUGCUUCUCUCGAAGAUAUGGUGCACCAAAAGAUUCAUGAACCAACGAUGGAAAUUGUGAUACAAAAUGAAUUUGAGGUUAUUGGUGAACAUUUAGGGGAGGAAAAGUUUUUGUUCCAUAUUGAGGAUGAGAGCGUGCCUACAGUCGAAGAUGCUAAGUUGAUUUCAUUAGCGCAUCAUUCGUACGAAGCCAUGGUUAAUUAUAUGGAUGAUCAUGUUAUUGAAACAAUUGACACUGGCGGAAGUGCUGUUGUUAAUGUUGUUAAUGUGGGUCCUGGGAAUGCGUUUGAUCUCAAGGAAGGGCUAUAUGUAUUUAAAAGAGCCAGACACAAAUACUAUAGUGAUCUUAGGGAUGGUCUUGCACACUUGAUCGAUUUCGGUCGAGUUAGUGUUGUCAACGACGUUGAUUGUGGUGAAGAAGGCAGUUACUCUAGACCCGACAGUCAGGUAUUAAGAGCUGGAAAAGGAAAUCACGAUUGGAAUAACCAUCUUGAUGUAGUUCAGGCCAGAGUUGACCUUAAUGAGGUGCAAGCAAACAACCUCAUCAACUUAGGUCUGGACUGCAUCUUUGCAGCUGAUAGAGGGGAUGAGCCGAUUUCUUUGGAGGCUGUUAUGCAUAGGCUGAAUGAGUUACCAGAGUACCGCCCAUUGUAGUUGAAGACUUUUGAGGAAAUGGAUACUCUAAAUCAUAAGAUAGCGGGGUAUAAUAGGGCUUCUACAUUUCAUCCGUCUCUCUCAAACUCUACAUUUAUUGAGGAGUAAUGUCUUUCCUAAAAUUAUGUCCCAAUAUCCAGAUUUCUCGCUCAAAAUUCUUUAUCCAACGCUAACCUUUUGGCUAGCGUAGAGCAAAAGGCCGGCGGAGAAGAUGAGUUUAUUAUCAGAUCUCGAGAGCGGCUUUAGCAGUGAAAACCACCAGCGCCGCGACGGAGCCGAGUUAGAGGAACGGCUAGCGCUGCUCGGAAUUGACUAGUUUUCCUGUAGAACGACCAGCACCAGGUAGGGGAGAUAUAAUAGAACAAAAAAGGAAGACAACUAUCAAGAGAAGAAUGCUAGUACCAUCAAGAAGUGGCAAAAAGGGAGAGAAAUGUUAAAAUGGAAAGAAAAUAAGAGUUGUGGUUGCUGCAAACAUUUAUGUAAAAAGAUAUAAUUAGUUGUUUUUUUAAUAGAAACAAGAUUAUAUAUUACCACUAGAUUAACAGAGAGCAUUUUUUGUAUCGGUAUAGUCUUUUGACAUUGU